AUGAAAGCUAAGCCUGGGGAACUGAUAUCGCUGAUUGACGCGGAAGCUCCACCUACCCCGCCGCCUUCUCAUGGACAUCCAUUCCUAACGGGAGCAGCAGAUUCACCCGCAACUCCUCUCAGCGUGAAUUCCUCUGCAUCCUCUUCAGUACCAUCCUCAUUGACAUCUGGAAGUUUCUCUAUUCCGAUUUCGGGACCAGAACUUGGUGCAGGUGCUGCAGCACCGGAUCCGUCAUCAGGGGAUUCAUCCUCGUUAUUGGAUCUCAACGUGGACGUAUAUGGAGGCAUGGAUCAGGUGUAUCUCAAGGCAGCUGGCAUGCGCAGCGACUUCACCAUCACGUUUGGCGCUACAGUCAAUUACCAACUUCACAAAUUCCCCCUCUAUUCCAAGACUGACUAUUUUUCCAAACAUGCUGUGGAGGAGGAGAAGAGCAGCUCCAGGCGGAAUUUUGGAGAUCCAGAGAGCUCCGCCAAUGGGAAGCGAGCCCAUCUCGACCUCUCCAACCUCCCAGGCGGAAUUGAGACCUUCAAACUUGUCGCAUGCUUCUGCUACGGCGUUCCCAUUACAAUCACGCCUGAUAACGUCACAGCUCUUUACUGUGCAGCGAUUUACCUCGAUAUGAGAGAUGACCCUCGAGCUGCUAUGUGUGGUGGUCCUUAUGACUGUAACCUGCUUACCCUCGCGUCUCGCCACCUCACCUCGUAUCUCUCUCACCCCCGGGCUGCUCUCACCGUGCUCCGAUCGUGUGAUGCCAGCUCAGCGAUUCGGGCGAGUGCUGAGUCAGCAGGGCUGCUGCAGAGCACUGUGAGCGCGGUGGCUCGAUUGGUGGUGAAAGAAGCGGGGAAAGGUCAUGACGCUUGCGAUGUCGUCUCAGAUGGUGAUGCUGCUGCCACUGCUGUUGCAGCUGGAACAGACAAGGCACACAGGGACGAGAAGACCAAGGAAAAUGUUGCUGAUGGAGUUGCAAGUGAAGUGGAGGGAAAGACGGACUCGACUGGCUCGGUUCCGCUGUGGCUGUCGCCCCAGCUGCUGCAGCUGACCCUCCCCACGUUCGUCCAACUGCAUGCUGCCGUGAGCGCCAUGGGCAUGAGUGCGCUGCAUCUCUGUGCUCUGCUUGAGGCCUACUGCAACACGUGGCUGCCAUUCCCUGUGGACGUCCCAUCCACGUCCACGUCACCAGCAGCCACGUCAGCAGACGCCCAGACCAGUUCCACGUGGAAACCAACCCUAGAAGCAGCAGUCACGCUGCUCUUUGCACUCUUACCAGGGCCCUCCGCUUCAGGGCACGCUGCAAGGGGGGCUGGGGGGCUGCCGUCCAUUCAGCUGCUGGUGCGACUGCUGCGCCUCUGCCCUGAAGUGGAUGCCAGCGAGUCUGCGAAGUCACACUUGCAAAGCAUGAUUGGUUGUCGGAUCACCGAGUGCCAAGUCGACCACCUGCUUCCCCUUCCUCCAUCUGAGAUCCUUGCUCUCCUCGCAAUCUUCACUUCAAGCACUACAAGCACGCCUGCUACAAGCAGUGCUGCUGCAAGCGCUCACUCUGCUGGUUCUCCUGCUGCAGCCGUGGAAGGCUCAGGUUUUGCCAGCCUCUCCCAGGCGGCAUUACUCGUGGAUAACUACUUGAAGGCCAUCUCCACCUCUCCCAGCAUCAGCAGCAUAAGCCCUGACUCCUUCAUAUCCCUUGCAACCGCAGUGCCUCUCGCGCACCGCCCUUCACACGAUGUUCUGUAUGAGGCGGUGGCAGCUUAUCCGGUGGCAGAUGCUGCAUCAUCCACCUCCCUCUGGCCGCCAUCUUUCACCGUGGCAGUGCUGACAUGGCAGAAGCAUCUGCUCGCCAGCCAGGCACAGCAGCUGGUGUCACAAGGGCGGGCGUUGCAGCAGCAGAGGGAGCGGGCAGAGAGGGAGAGGGAGCAGCUGCAGAGGGAGGAGCAGCAAAUGCAGGCAGAGGUGGAGGAUGAGGAGGGGAAAGCCGUUGCUGUGAGGGCAGAUAUCAGGCAGGAGACUCACGGGCUUACUCAGGCUUUGGUGCAGGUGCGAUCAAGCAUAUCCGAUUUGGAACGAGACCUGAGUGUGGCACUCGAAUCCGAAGCGCGCCUUAAGGGCGGCACCACCGCCCUGUCAUUACCCUCCUUCCCUAUGCUCUGGUUUGUGCAGAAGCCAAUAUCUUUCUUCCGAAAGCUUUUUCAGAGGUCUAGCCAACGUGCUAAUUAG